AUGGAACUUCCAGAGCUCUCUUUAGCUCCAACACAGGCACAGCUGGUGUUUAAGAAAAGCAUUAGUGGUUCUAAUAAUCCAUUGGAAUCAGCUGAAAGCAACACUUCUAGGAAGAGGAAGCUUUUCCAGGAUCACCAACUCUUGAAGACUGAAGCAUCUUUCCAAACAAGUGUUGAUCUUCAACUUAAAGACCCCCUACCAUUAGAUUGGGAGCAGUGUCUUGAUCUUGAGUCAGGAAAAAUGUACUACCUAAACAGAAAGACCUCAAGGAAGAGUUGGAACUGGCCUAUGGACCAGGCAGUGAACCUUGAGCUGAACAUCUCAACGAUCUCAGGUUCAAGUUCUGAUCAGCGAUCCAGCCCAAGCCUUAAGACAAUCGAAGAGGCCAAGAAUGAGGAGCAACAAAGUAACAUGGUGGCUUUGGCUUGUUUCAAUUGCCAUCUCCUUGUCAUUCUCUCCAAGUCUUCUCCUGCUUGCCCCAACUGCAAAUAUGUCCACUCACUUCCAACUUCCAUCCAACCAAAUUAUAAUUCAUCUUAA